AUGUGUAAUGGAGAGUUUGAAACCAGCUGGCAUCUGUUCGUGGAUUGCAAGAUCUCCAAGGAACUCUGGAGGGCAGUAGACUUUAAUUUCAUUACCUCUUCAACCUGUUCAUUCACGCACUGGUUCACUAUCAAUAUGCCUCAUCUUAGCCUUACUCAUCUUGGCCUCUUUAUCACUAUUUGCUGGGAAAUUUGGAGGCAACGAAACGAUAAAAUCUGGAACAACAAGAACAUUCUACCUGCCAUUGCCACACUCAACAAGGCUAGAACUUUCUUAGAUGAUUGGAAGAUGGCGAGAGAUAACCCACCGGGGUCUACGACGAGUCGCGACCAAGAGGAGGGCAAAUGGAGCAAACCUCAACAAGGCUUUCUCAAGUUAAACGUUGAUGCAACUAUUGACAUGGCAAACUCAAAGAUGGGUGUCGGCUGCGUCGUCCGGGAUGAGGAUUGA